AUGCUUUCGUUGUUUUUACGUCCUGCGAAUUCUGAUGCUCUGUUUCGCCGAUUUGGAAUCAGCUGCCGCCUGGCAAUAAAUCCAGAGGGAGAGCGGAUGCUCGUGAUCAAAACCUAUAACGGAGCAUUGAAUGACACAAAUCUUUUAGGGAUUGGAUUCGGUGUUUACGAGAUUAUUGAAUAUGAGCAGAGGUGGAAUGAGGUCAGAGACAUAGGUGGGUACGCUCUGUUCUACGAUCCGUACAAAUCUGCAUACAUAUCUGUCAAAGAUCAUCCCGAGUGCAAAAGGAAUUGUGUUUAUGAUAGGGAGGAGAUAUUUGGUCUUAAUUGUGAGCGACUUGCUUGCAUUCGUUCAGAUUUUAAUUUCCACGAUUGGAUCUUGCCAUCUAAUUAUUAA